AUGGCUACUCAACUUCCUCCCCCGAGUAAACGCCAAAAGACAGACCUUGCCGAAAAGGCGCGUCUGCAGCAGGAUAUCCAGAGCAUUCCGGACGAUCUGGGCAGCGUCCGAGUGCAGUUCUUUGACCAAGCGACCGGCUCAGCAACAGGCCCAGCCGUCUCUGUCCCAGUAGCUGAUGCUACAGUGAAGAAUCUUGAGACUCUUCUGAACACAUUACAAGGCAAUGAAGAGGAUGAGCGAGUGCCGUACCGAUUUACCUUCCAGUCCGAUAACAAGGACAGCAAAGACAGCCAGACGAUUGAUAUUCUAGCGGACUUAUACCACUCUCUAUUGAAACCAGAACUGAAAACGACGGAAGAUACUGUUCACUUAUACUUUACCCCGCAAGCUGUUUUCCGAGUCAAGGCGGUUUCACGAUGCUCUGCCUCCAUCGCCGGACACGGCGAGGCGAUUCUCGCAACCUCGUUUUCUCCCAUUUCUUCCUCCACAAUGGUCUCUGGUAGCGGAGAUGCGACAGCCCGGAUAUGGGACUGCGAUACAGGAACGCCAUUGCACACAUUGAAGGGACACACGAGCUGGGUGCUAGCUGUCAGCUACUCGCCGAAUGGUCUGAUGAUCGCGACGGGAAGCAUGGACAACACCGUACGGAUAUGGGAUGCGAAAAAGGGUCAAGUACUAGGGGCUCCGUUGAAAGGGCACUCGAAAUGGAUCACGAGUCUAGCAUGGGAGCCGUACCAUCUGCAGCAGUCCGGCAGCCCUCGCCUGGCUUCCGCGUCGAAGGACUCUACUGUCCGUAUCUGGGAUGUCAUAUCGAAGCGAGCAGACAUUGUCCUCAGUGGACACAAGGGUUCAGUAACCUGCGUUCGGUGGGGUGGUAUAGGCAAGAUCUACACAUCCUCCCAUGACAGGUCAAUCAAAGUAUGGAACUCUCAAACUGGCACUCUGAUCCAAACUUUGUCCGCCCACGCGCACCGCGUGAACCACCUCGCUCUAUCCACGGAUUUCGUCCUCAGGACAGCCUACCAUGACCACACCGGGAAGAUUCCCGAGUCAGACGCGGAGAAGGUCGCCACAGCAAAGAAGCGCUUCGAACAAGCAGCCACAAUUAACAACAAAAUCGUUGAAAAGCUCGUCUCUGCCAGCGACGAUUUCACUAUGUACCUCUGGGAGCCCGAGAGCUCCAACAAGCCCGUAGCACGUCUUCUAGGACACCAAAAGGAAGUCAACCAUGUCACAUUCUCCCCGGAUAUGGCCUACAUCGCCUCUGCCGGGUUUGAUAACCACGUCAAGCUAUGGAAUGGACGUGAUGGGAAAUUCAUCACAACCCUCCGCGGCCACGUUGGUGCCGUCUACCAAUGCUGUUUCUCAGCCGAUUCACGCCUUCUCGUCUCCUCGUCAAAGGACACAACGCUGAAGGUGUGGAAUGUCCGCACUGGCAAACUCUCCAUGGACCUGCCGGGCCACAAGGACGAGGUUUUUGCAGUAGAUUGGAGUCCUGAUGGGGAGAAAGUUGGCAGUGGAGGAAAGGAUAAGGCGAUUCGGAUAUGGAGAAAUUAG